CGCUCGCUUCCCCCGGUUGGACUCCUCCGCCUCCGCGUUGCGGCGUCGACCCCUCCGCCCCCCAGAUCCGGUCCCCAUGGCGAGGAACCCGGGCUGCGCCGUCUACAUAGGUAACUUGGAUGAAAAGGUCUCGGAGAGGGUUUUGUAUGAUAUUCUUAUUCAGGUAGGUCGUGUAGUAGACUUGCACAUACCUCGUGACAAGGAAACUAGUCGACCCAAAGGUUUUGCUUUUGCUGAGUAUGAAACAGAGGAGAUUGCCCAGUAUGCUGUUAGGCUGUUUUCUGGCCUUGUUCGGCUUCACAAUAGAACACUUAAAUUUGCGAUCUCUGGGCAGGACAAGCCCUCUUCAAAUGGCAAUGUUCCUGUAACACCUAAAAUGAACCCUAUACCACUACCAAAUCCACAUCAACCAAUGAGAUCUAGUGAUACUCCUGUGUCACAGAAUAGAGUGGUGAACGGUAGGAUUGCAGGCUAUGGUGUUUCUCCUAAUCAGUCUUAUGAUUUCCACUCUCAAGCAUCAAGUGGGGUAGCAGGUAGAGGAUUAAGUGAUGGUACAUAUGAGUAUAGUAGACGUGUAUUUGGUUCUGUUCUCAGUGAUGUUAGCCGUCGAGCUGACAGACAACCAGUUCCAUACCCGUCCUACUAGCACACUGAGCUCCAGUGAAUGUAACAACGGCCAGUGAAGCCAUUGUUGUCUCAGCCCUUCCAUUAUGUCAUCUGGCUACUUGCCAUUACAUGCAUGUAAAUAUGGCUUAUGUUAGUGCAUGUGAGUGGUUUUCUGGUAGCUCCUUUGUUUUCUACAUUGUAGCCAUGUCUGUCCCUGAUGGUUAGGUUCCAUGUGUUGUUGUCCGAUAGGAUCUUGCCUCCACUAAUGCCGCUGUAGUACUUACCCUAGUUACAGGGAUUGGGUGGCAAUAUCCUUAGUUCAAAAUGUUCAAGCUAUUAUGUUAUUUGUGUUUCUCAUGUCCUUUGGAUCUGUAUUGUGUUGGGACAUAAAUAUGGGUAGAGAAACCCAGGAAAUCUGCCCUGUAUCGUUAAACCUAUUUAUAAUGAUGUAUGGUUGAUAUGACUUGUUUGCUUGAGCAGUAUUUGUAUAGAAGCCACAUUAUUGCUUUUGAUUA